GGCACCGUAGGGAUCCUGGAUGGCAGGACAGACAGGGAGAUGGGAAAUGGCUAUUUUGGUGGUCACUCGCUGAAAGGGCUAAUAUUACAGGCCGUGUGGUAGGGUCAAAAGCUGGUCAACCUCACAACAAGCAAACAAUUUUAGUGACAAUGGUGUACAUGUACUGCUCCUUAGCUAUCUAGCUAGCUAGCUUCGUAACUGGUCAAGCCAAAAGCCAAGAUGAUUCAAUGAAUACUAGAGCAUCCUUUUCCAAGGCGCAAUCGUGUUGUUAAGGUGGUCGUUGUCCCAUUCUCAUCAUGGUCGGUACGGUCACUCGUGGUCAGCCGUGGUCGGUGAUGGCCAGCUGUGGUCAACCGUGGUCAAAGGAGCAUGAGAGGAGGAAGCAGGCUACUAAGAUAGCUAGAGUAUGCAGUGGACACCAUGCUGGCCAUUUGGCUCCUUAUAUUCCAGAGCAGUGCUUUCAUUGGCCUUUCUGCGGCGCACCAAGGUCUUUUUUUCCCAUUUCCCAGCAAAAAUACCGGUACUGUAGCCCGCCUUCCCGGAAAUAUGGCCUUCGGACCAAAGUUCCUCUUCCCAAACAGGAAAAAUGAACGCUGAUAGCUACCCUGAAGCUACGUACCCUGAUCAUUGUUGGAGUCAAGUUCUGCCUCCAACCCGAGAGCUUUGGGCUCCGUUUGCCUUCAUUCAAGAUCUGCUGCCACCCAGAACUUCAAAGCUGCCUCCCAGGAUAUCAAAAGCAGCACUUGCUUCGAAGGAAGAGCAGCACUUGGUUGGUUGCUCGGAAGCCAAAGCUGACGAAGGCCCAAAAACAAAAUCAGUUUGAUUGUCUCUCCUCACAAUUCUGGUGAUCUAAUCGAUCAAAGCGUCACACGAUCCUUCAUUCUUCUUGCACGAAAAAGUCAAACAAAACCAUUUCCACCAUGAGUUCCGAAAUCCCUGCUGGUGAAGGCUAUGAAUGGAAGAAGUACUCCGAGUACCAAGUGGAGGUCGAUCCUGAUCAAGAUGACAAGGCCAAGGAGAUCAAGCUCUGCUCCUUUGCUCGUCCCCACAUGCGUGCCUUUCAUCUUUCUUGGGGAGGUUUCUUCAUUGCCUUUUUCAUUUGGUUCGCCAUUGCUCCACUUCUCUCUGAGAUCAAGAAGACUCUUGGUCUUACCAAGCAAGAGAUCUGGACUUCCUCCAUUGUGGGUGUUGGUGGAACCAUCAUGAUGCGUUUCGUCAAUGGUCCUCUCUGUGACAAGUUUGGAGCUCGCAUUCCCUACACCAUUAUCCUUUGCUUUGCUUCCAUCCCCUGUGCCUUGACCGGAACUGUCAACAGUGCUGCCACUCUUGCUGUUCUCCGUCUGUUCAUUGGAUUUGGUGGAUCUACCUUUGUCAUGUGCCAAUACUGGGCUUCUCGUAUGUUUGCCCGUGAGGUUGUUGGAACUGCCAAUGCUCUCUGUGGAGGAUGGGGAAACUUGGGAGGAGGUGUGACACAGCUUGUCAUGGGAUCCAUGCUUUUUCCCCUGUUCAAGGAAAUCUUCAAGAACUCUGAGGAUCCCGCUGAGAAGGCAUGGAGGACUGUAUGCAUUAUCCCUGCUGUUGUUGGUUUUGCCUUUGGUGUUGGCAUUUACUACUUGGGUGAUGAUGCUCCCAAGGGAAACUACGAUGAAUUGAAGAAGCAUGGAGUCAUGGCUGAGGUUUCUGCUGGAGCCUCCUUCCGUGCUGGUGCCCUCAACGUCAACACUUGGUUGCUUUUCAUCCAAUACGCCUGCUGCUUUGGUGUUGAAUUGACUAUGAACAAUGCUGCUGCUCUCUACUUUAAGGAUGAGUUUGGCCAAAGUACUGAAUCCGCUGCUGCUAUUGCCUCAAUUUUCGGAUGGAUGAAUCUCUUUGCCCGUGGUCUUGGAGGAUGGGCCAGCGACAAGGCCAAUGGCAAGAUGGGAAUGCGUGGCCGCCUCAUUGUCCACACCGUGUGUCUUCUCCUCGAGGGUAUCCUGGUUAUUGUCUUUGCCAACACUGGAUCUUUGGGUCUUGCCAUUGUUGUCAUGGUCUUCUUCAGUCUCUUUGUGCAAGCAGCUGAAGGUACUUCCUAUGGAAUUGUACCCUAUGUUGACCCUCCUUCCACUGGAUCCAUUGCUGGCAUUGUUGGAGCUGGAGGAAACACUGGAGCUGUCUGCUUUGGACUUGGAUUCCGCAACUUGGAGUACUUUGAUGCUUUCAUCCUUAUGGGAAGUGUCAUCAUUAUCUCCUCUGUCCUCUCUGGUGCCAUCUACAUCAAGGGGCACUCUGCUCUGUUCUGUGGAAAGGACGAGGUUGUUGAGACCUCCAAGGGUGGAGCUGCCGGAGACGGUAUCCUCGCUGUUCCAGAACCAGAUUCCGAGAAGUUCGUGGAGGUCGAGGAAGAAAUCGACUGUUAGAUUUCAUGGUGGCCUCAUUACUUCUGAUUCCGACAGCUCUCUUCUCUCAUACGGUUUGAGCCUUGGUUCCCGUACUUUCGAUGUCUUUGCCGGUUAGCGGCGCUUGGUUUUGUGGCAUCCAAUAUGCUUAUUAGUGCAUACACUUUUUGAAAACUUCUACCUACAACAUCGAAAGCUAGCUAGUAAUUGCUUGUAGCGGUGCCCCGCAAGGGGCACGGCAACAUCGGCAACGGUGAACUGGUUCCGGCGGACGCUACAAUCUACUCUACUCAGGCUUCAUUGCUCGGUCGUCGGCUGGGCAGUGCAAUGGACGACACGAGCAAUAUAUACUCGGGCCCGUAUGGCGGCCGUCUCUUCUCCCCCUCAGCGCAGGUACAAUUGGUGUUGGGAGCGAACCUGCACUUGUGAACGGGAACACUACGGGCAUUGCAUGCGAUUGACACACUGCCAAGAAAGGCAAGCCCAAAGAGGGUUGCAGAAUCUAGCUAUCACGGUAGCCUACCGUCAUGGCAGAAGACGCACAAACAAGCAAUACUGCGACCGGCUCAACGUUGGCAACUGUGGAUCAGGGUAUUCUGGCACCGGUGCACCGAGGUGGGUCAACAAUUGGAACAAGGAAGACGAGUGACAUCGCUUGCCUUCUGCUGAUUCUGAUUCCAUUGGCAGGUUGGGCCUUGUCUAGCGUGGCUACGAUCUUUCCUGAAGUUAGCUACUUCGGCAGUCCUUCGUCCACGCAAUGGUAGCUACCGACGAAGCCAGUGGCAACAAUGCACCGGGAGGAUAGGUUCAUUCAGUGAGCUGUUUGCUCGAAGGUUGCUGAGCUUCGUCAAGCCGAGCAAGCAAGAUGUUGAAAGGCAAGCAACUCUCCGUUUUGCUGAACUCGCGGGGUGACUGACGGAGCUAAUGCGUUUUCAGCAGCUUUGCUCUGGGACGUCAAAGGCUGGAGAGGCCAAGCUAGGCACGCCGUUUCCCUGCCGCAAAGCGACAAACGGUUGAUCAUUCCACAAACUGCAACGAAGAAUCAAUUCACUGUUGGGGCAAAAUGUCAGCUUGCACUUGGUCGAGCUUGGAGCAACCUCCAACCAGCAAGAACCCUACUAAACUGUUGCUUCCCACUGUUCUUGGGGGGCUACCAGCACUCUAGAUAUCUGUCGUUGAACCCAUCUACAGAAGAGUUACUACUAGACUAGCUAUACUACUAGAACCGGUACCUAGUUUGCAUUGAAGCGG